GUGUGAUCUGACAGAGGAAAGCUGUAGAGUUCUGUCCUCAGUUCUCAGAUCAAACUCCUCCAGACUGGGAGAACUGAACCUGAGUGACAAUAACCUGCAGGAUUCAGGAGUGAAGCUGCUCUCUGCUGGACUGGAGAAUCCACACUGUACACUGGAGAUACUGAGAGUAAACUAGGAAGUGAAAGUGAAAGUCAGUCUCCAUUUUGUGUGGAGGGGAAAAUACAGCAUUUCAGGAGUAAAAACACAGGUUUGAUUUAACACACCGAUAUUGGAGUGAAGUAAACGUGUGUCCUGCUGUAAUCUGGAGAAGGAGACAUGACCUCCAACAUGAGUGUGUCUGGAGAACAGGACUUAAAGGGAGACGAGAGAAUGAUGGAGGGAAAGAGAUCAGACUCACCAGAACCCAGCUGUGUGUCCAUGAAGAGUGACCGGUCAAUGGAGCAGCCACUUCACUUCAGAGAUGGAGCCAGUUCUCCUGAUGUGAGACCACAACAGAAGAAAUCAAACCUCAGCAGAAAUCAGUUGGACUCCAUAUUCAAGGAGCUGGAACACAAAGUCAUCACUCUGAUAAAGAAUGAGCUGAAGAGGUUUAGGAAGCUCCUGAGUCCAGAUUACCCAGCAUGCACUGAGAGGGAGGUGGAGGAUGAGGAGGAUCUGCACAGUGUCAGAGACGGAGCGCUGAAGAUCACACUGCACGUCCUGAAGAACAUGAACCACACAGAUCUCGCUAACACACUGCACAACAAGUCUGUGGCCUCUGUGUAUCAGACAAAGCUGAAAUCCAGCCUGAGAGAGAAGUUUAAAAGAAUUAAUGAAGGAAUCUCACAGCAUGGAAGCUCAGCACUUCUGAAUGAGAUCUACACAGAGCUCUACAUCACAGAGGGUGGGAGUGGAGACGUCAAUAAUGAACAUGAGGUGAGACAGAUUGAGACAGCGUCCAGGAGACCAGCAACACAGGAGACACCCAUCAAAUGUAAUGAUCUCUUUAAAGACAAGUCCAUCAGAAGAGUGCUGACUACAGGAGUUGCUGGAAUUGGAAAAACAGUCUCUGUGCAGAAGUUCAUUCUGGACUGGGCUGAAGGAAAAGCAAAUCAGGACGUCACCUUCAUGUUUCCACUUCCCUUUAGAGAGCUGAAUCUGAUGAAGCAGAGACAUCUCAGUCUGAUGGAUCUUCUUCAUCACUUUUUCCCUGAAAUGAGAAAACUAGAAGUAAUAGACUGUGACUCCUACAAAGUGGUGUUGAUCUUUGAUGGUCUGGAUGAGUGUCGACUUCCUCUAAAUUUCCAGAAGAAUGAGAGACUGUGUGAUGUGACAGAGUCAGCCUCAGUGGAUGUGCUGCUGACGAACCUCAUCAAGGGGAAUCUGCUUCCCUCUGCUCUCCUCUGGAUCACCUCUCGACCAGGAGCAGCCAAUCAGAUCCCUCCUGAGUGUGUAGACCAGGUCACAGAGGUACGAGGGUUCAGUGAUCCUCAGAAAGAGGAGUACUUCAGGAAGAGGAUCAGUGAUCAGAGCCUGGCCAAUAAAAUCAUCUCACACAUGAAGUCUUCAAGAAGCCUCUACAUCAUGUGCCACAUCCCAGUCUUCUGCUGGAUCUCAGCCACUGUUCUAGAGAGAAUGUUGGGUGGAGCAGAGAGUGGAGAGAUCCCCAAGACUCUGACUCAAAUGUUCACACACUUCCUGAUCUUGCAGAUCAAACACAAGGACCAAAAGUACCAUGAGAAAUGUGACCCUGAUCCUCAGCAGACCAGAGAGAGUAUCCUGGCACUGGGAGAACUGGCUUUCCAACAGCUGGAGAAAGGAAACCUGAUCUUCUAUGAGGAAGACCUGAGAGAGUGUGGCAUUGAUGUGAGAGAAGUGUCAGUGUACUCAGGAGUGUGUACCCAAAUCUUCAGAGAGGAGUUUGGGCUUCACCUGGGGAAGGUGUUCAGCUUUGUACAUCUGAGUGUUCAGGAGUUUCUGGCUGCUUUAUAUGCAUUUUUCUGCUUUAUUUUUAGAAAGACAAAUGUGUUAGUGGAGCAAAGCACUGAACGUUCUAAUUUCUUCAGAAAGUCAGACAUGUCUGAUCUCCUCAGGACUGCAGUGAACAAGGCCUUACAGAGUGAGAACGGACACCUGGACCUGUUCCUCCGCUUCCUUCUGGGUCUCUCACUGGAGUCCAAUCAGACUCUCUUACGAGGCUUAAUGCCCCAGACAGGAAGCAGCUCUCACAGCAAACAGGAAACAGUCGAGUACAUCAAGAAGAAGAUCAGGGAGAAUCCAUCUCCAGAGAAAUCCAUCAAUCUGUUCCACUGUCUGAAUGAACUGAAUGAUCAUUCUCUAGUGCAGGAAGUACAGACUUACCUGAACAGAGGAGGUCUCGGUCGUCUCAGUGGAACCAGACUCUCUCCUGCUCAGUGGUCAGCUCUGGUGUUUGUGUUACUGAACUCAGAUCAGGAGCUGGAUGUGUUUAAUUUGUGGAAAUAUGACCCAUCAGAGGAAUGUCUUCUGAAGCUGCUGCCAGUGGUCAAAGCCUCCAGAAGAGCUGAUCUGUGGGGGUGUAAACUCACAGAGGAAAGCUGUAGAGUUCUGUCCUCAGUUCUCAGAUCAAACUCCUCCAGACUGAGAGAACUGAACCUGAGUGACAAUAACCUGCAGGAUUCAGGAGUGAAGCUGCUCUCUGCUGGACUGGAGAAUCCACACUGUACACUGGAGAUACUGAGGAUGUGUGACUGCAGGAUUACAGAUGAAGGUUGUGCUGCUCUGGCUUCUGCUCUGAGGUCAAACUCCUCAUCACACCUGAGAGAACUGGAUCUGGACUAUAAUAAUCCAGGAGAAUCAGGAGUGAAGCUGCUCUCUGAUCUACUGAAGGAUCCACACUGUACACUGGAGACACUACACAUUAACUAUAAUACACUCACCAGGACUGGCGUAUGACAGGAGUCUCACCUCAAACCUCUUCUCCAGGAUAAAGCAGUCUUGGUGAAGAGUUAGAACCCGUCCCACAUUUCCAGCAGUUUGGGAGCUGAAUCAUUAAACUUAAAGGGGCAGAGCAGAAACAAAGUCAAGAACAGGCAGAAGGUCGUACACAGGAGAAAUCAACACACGUAACCAAAUAUCUGCUGUACAAAGCAACAGCACCGAUCUUCCCCGGGGAUGGAGACUGACGAGGCUUAAGUACACGUCCGGAAAUGUACAGCCAACUCAUCCCAAAGCACGAGGCGGGAGCAGGCGUGUACGAGAUGUGAUCGUCCAAUGGCAAGCAGGAACAUGACGCAUCGCAGUGGACUGGGCUUAAUAGAGGAGGAGAGAAGACACCCAUCCCUCCCCCGACAUAGACACACGAAUGGAACAUAGUACAAACAGAAAUACAACUGAGGACGUAACAAUGGUCAAGUAUCAAAUAAAAUGUAAACGUGCAUUGAUGAAGGUAAUGUUGUUAGUAAUUGUUUAUAAAUUACCAUGGUAACACAGAGCUCCAAGGUAUAAAAAUAUGGAGUUUGUCAUCAACCAAACAGUAACCAGUUUUAAUACCUAAAAAAGUUUACGUAGCCAAAUUUAGCAAAGCGCUUUACAGUAAAUUAAAAUGUAAAUUAAACUAAUGAAAUGUUGUGCAGCACAUGCUUAUGUUAAUGUUUGUUUCAUUAUAUGAUCAUAUAAAUAAAUAAAUACUCCCAAAGUCA